AUCAAAUGGUUACAGAUUAGCUGCAGCGCCGGGCCGCCACGCCUCCCGACUCAGCACCUGCAUUCCACAGCCCGAUAGUUUCCUGAGCAGAGCGGAUUUUCAGACAGGAUUAAAAAAACGAAUGUGGGUGAAGAAGAGAAUGUGACAACUGCCGAGUGUGUGUCUACUGCCUAGGGGAGGCCCUGGCACUUGCACCUGUCCCUCUCCGUCUCCGCGGCCAGGCGCAGUUGUCGAACUGGGAGAGCUGAGAGAGCAGAGCGACGCACUGUAUACUUGCCAGGCAGAGCAGAAAGGAGAGCGCGGAUCCUCAGCCUGUACACGGAGGGACACAGAGCCAGGGCAACAUGACUUCAUCCUACAAUCUGGAUUUCCUGCCCGAUAUGAUGGUGGAGAGCCGCUUGCUGGUUCCGGGCGAUAGAAUUAACGGCACGGCCGGGAAGAUGAACGGGGCAUUGGAGCAUUCGGACCAGCCCGACCCAGACGCCAUCAAGAUGUUCGUGGGCCAGAUCCCUCGCUCCUGGUCAGAGAAGGAGCUGAAGGAGCUGUUUGAGCCUUACGGCGCCGUCUAUCAGAUCAACAUCCUCCGAGACCGCAGCCAGAACCCUCCACAGAGCAAAGGGUGCUGUUUUGUCACGUUUUACACACGGAAAGCUGCCCUUGAAGCCCAGAAUGCACUGCAUAACAUAAAGACCUUAACAGGGAUGCACCAUCCCAUUCAGAUGAAACCUGCAGACAGUGAGAAAUCAAACGCGGUGGAGGACAGGAAGCUGUUCAUCGGCAUGGUGUCGAAGAAGUGCAAUGAGAACGACAUCCGAGUCAUGUUCUCUGCGUUCGGACAGAUCGAGGAGUGCCGGAUCCUGCGAGGGCCCGACGGACUCAGCAGAGGCCUCAGCCAGCGGGAAGCCAACGUUAAGGGAUGUGCGUUUGUCACCUUUUCUACAAGGGCUAUGGCACAGAAUGCAAUCAAAGCCAUGCACCAGUCUCAGACUAUGGAGGGCUGCUCGUCUCCCAUCGUGGUGAAGUUUGCCGACACACAGAAGGACAAGGAGCAGCGGCGCCUGCAGCAGCAGCUGGCUCAGCAGAUGCAGCAGCUCAACAACGCCACCACCUGGGGGAGUCUGACAGGGCUGGGCGGCCUCACCCCGCAGUAUCUGGCUGUAAGAGGACACGCCGCGUCGCCCACCCCUUACUGCAGCCUCGCAGCCAACGCAUCCGUCGCCGCCGCAUUGCUCCAGCAGGCCACCUCCUCCAGUAACCUUGGAGCUUUCAGUGGGAUCCAACAGAUGGCAGGUAUGAGUGCUCUGCAGUUGCAGAACCUGGCCACUUUAGCAGCGGCGGCAGCGGCGGCCCAAAACUCAGCCGGCCCCAACGCAAACCCCCUGUCCUCCAACGCGGCCUCCCUCGGAGCGCUGGCCAGCCCAGCCAACUCCUCGGGCAUGAACUCUCUGACCUCUCUGGGCACUCUGCAGGGCCUGGCUGGGGCCACCAUGGGUCUGAACAACAUUAAUGCACUAGCAGGUAGCGUCAACAGUAUGGCAGCCCUGAACGGAGGCCUGGGCGGCGCGGGGCUGACCAACGGCACGGCGGGCACCAUGGACGCGCUCACACAGGCCUACUCAGGGAUCCAGCAGUAUGCAGCCGCAGCCCUGCCCACCCUCUACAGCCAGUCCCUGCUGCAGCAGCAAGGUGCCGCCGGCAGCCAGAAAGAGGGGCCUGAAGGUGCCAACCUGUUCAUCUACCACCUGCCCCAGGAGUUUGGGGACCAGGACAUCCUGCAGAUGUUCAUGCCUUUUGGAAAUGUGGUCUCUGCCAAAGUCUUCAUUGACAAACAGACAAACCUGAGCAAGUGCUUCGGCUUCGUCAGCUAUGACAAUCCCGUGUCGGCGCAGGCAGCCAUCCAGGCCAUGAAUGGCUUCCAGAUCGGCAUGAAGAGGCUGAAGGUGCAGCUCAAGCGCUCCAAGAACGACAGCAAACCAUACUGAUCUUAGCACUAGGGCCUAUCUGCUCCCAUGUUACCACUGCUAGGAACCCAUCUCCAUGCCUGUUAGCUCAUCGUUUGCCUAGCAUGUCUCUGUGGCGUGGCGUCCAAAAACCAAAAAAAUACAAAAAGUCUCAUCGUCCCGUCAUUGUUUUCUGAUGUCUUUUCUGCGCUCACCUGAUCAUAACCUGGUCUCCGCCUACUGACCUUUUGAACUUAGCGUGACCGUUUUGGACUUUUUUUGCAUGUGACCUCAUUUUGUUCAAUUUUGGGGAGGUGGGGUAAAUGGGGUACAUUGUGCAUGAAGGAGGGGGAGGAGGGGGAGGGGGAGGGGGGAGCGAAUCAAUGUGAAGAAGUAUAGCAUCAUUCAUACAAAAAGACUGAACUCUUACAGACAAAAACAAAACGUUUCUUUUUAAAAACAGAACAACCCUGUGGCAAAAUUAUUUCCAUUAGGUUUAUUUAGUUAUGUUUAGUUUCCUUCUUUUAUUUUGGGUUUAGUAUUUUGUUCCUUUUUUCAUUUAAAGUAAACUUGAAAGUUCAGCACAGGGAUUGGCAUGCUGUCUUGUUUCUGGCUCCACUGGCAAUAUGAGGCCAGAAGCAGACACUGUCGGUGUCCAUGAAAAAUAGACUACUUCCAAACAGUUCUGAAUAAAAACUGUCUGAUCAAUAUUAGACUCUCUCAGAGCUCUGUAAUUGUUUUUACAUUUUUCAGGCAGUGUAAAGUUUUUUGAUAAGGCCAUUUUAAGUGGCUCUGUUUCUCAUUAAAGUAUAUAUAGAACCACUUUUUUCUAGAGUAGUUUAAGGUAUUACAGAAAUGUCAACAAAAAAAAGACUUGCCCUGUUUGGGGGGAGAAAUGCUACCUACGUGUCACCUUUUGCUGAACUGACUCACAGAUAGACAAUCCGUGGUUUAAAUGCACAUGAUAAAGAAAUGACCUAUAUUUUCUACUGUUUAAAUUAUAGAGCGAAAAAAAAAGAGGAAAAUGCCUGUAACCCGCGUUAACGUUGGUGCUUCUUGUGAGUUUAGUUUUGGUUUCAUUACAAGUCUAACGGUCUUAAGUGUCUCAUGUUUUUAAAGAGAAGACUAAAAAAAAAUCUGUUAACUUGAACAAUAGACAAAGCCUUUCAUAUGAAUACUAUUAUAAUUGUUCAUUUUGUCUUCUUUUUUUAAGCAGUCCCAAUUUGCAAAAUUUCUUGUUGGGUAAUUAGCUAUAUAAAAUUCCUAAAAAAUAAAUAUAUAUAUGAAUAUAUAAAUAUAUAUAUAUAACAUGUCGGCUUGUGAAGCAUCAAUGUUAAUAUCAUUUUAUUUCUAUCGUGGGAAACAAUAUUUAGAUGUGUUUUGUUGUUCAUUAUAAUGUCAUUUUCUUUUCUUAUAAAGAAAAAAAGACAAGGUCGGUGGAGUUUAGUGCCAAAACCUGAAGGUACAUCCUGUCUAUAGCGGUCAGUGUAUUUCUUGUGAAAUGAUUUGAUAACAUGGGUAUUUUAUUAAGUGUUUUGUAUGGAUCCCUCAUAUGUAAAAAUAUAGAUUUAAAAAAGAGUUUGUUAACUUGCUAUUCUGUGGUCUUGUUGCCUGAAACUGUUUAUGUUUUGCUUUUUUUUUGUAAAGAUGUAAAAAGUGCCCAUGUGUCAUAUAUAUUAUAUAUAUAUAUAUAUACACACACACACCCACUCGCACGUACACACACUCAAGCAGACCUCACAGUUGACUUUACUUUGUUGUUGUGAUUGAGAGCCCCUGAGUGUGAGAGCCUCUACAGUCCAGUUUCCAUGUUCCUGCCCACCAGUCUUUACAUUGCUGUUCACACGCUCUCUCUAUCAACACGUCACUCACACAGACAGUUCUCACAUGAGCCAUUAUACAGAGCAUUCUUCAAAGCCUUAUCACAAGCCUUUACAUGAACACUCACAUGAACACACAUUCUCGCCAAACACUCUCGCUUCUUCCUUUCGAUUUGACAAAUGUCAAGCCUUAUUUUAAGCUUUGUCUCUCUCAUUAUAACCUUGAAGUUGCCACAGACUGGGAAGGGGCAUCAUUAUUUGCUGGUCAUGUAUGUGUCACCUCAAACAACAUGAAUGCGCUGCUUUCAUAAGGUAAGUUGAGGGCAAGACUUUCCCACACAAGCCUCAAACCCUCCCCAGACCCAGACAAAACAACGUUGAUAGUACAGAAUGAUUUUCAGCUGUUUGGUUUUGUUGUUUCUUCAGUUGACAGUUUCUUAUGGACAUGUACCAGUAUUGGUAAUUACACCAUUAUUACAGAAAUAUGUUUGCCCUGUUGUAAAUGUUGUGUAAUGUAGUGUAACUGGCCAAAACAGUGUUGAGAUGCCAAAGUAUUACGUCAAGAUUCUCAUAGUCAAUCCGUUUACAUGACACAGUGCUGUCUGUCCUUCAGUCUCAGUAUUCUGUAAAACUGCCCCGAUUCCCUUCCCUGGAAACCUAGUUUACGGUCUGCAAAACGCAGCACUAUUUUAUACAAAAACUCACCAGUCGCCUUAACCAGGGAGUGCUGUAUCGAAAGACUUGUCUAAUCGGAUCUAAAAUCUGUAUGUAAGUAGGUGGUGUUUGCCAAGUCUAUGUGUACUGUAUUGUACUGUACCUCCAGCUUCUCCAACUCUGGGUAAGCGUGUCACCAUUUUGUCCCACAAUGCAGAGUAGAGAGGCAAAAUGGCCACCUUCUUCUUUAAGUGUGGCUCUCAAACUGACAACCAAGGGAAAAUAAGUUACUGUUAUCUGUUCCAUCGUCUUUUUACGGAAUAACAAGGUUUAUUUGAAAUACCGAGCCAAAUGGAGGAGGGUUUGUAAAGUGCAGACCGGGGAAAUAAAAUGAGAUGAAAGGGUAGCGAUCUUGUUCAGUUCUUAGACAGCAAAACAACCGUCUCGGCCAAGAGGCAGAACCUUUACCAUGUCAAAUGACCAAGUCAAUGCCAAACUUCAGUUGAGUCCAUAGCAUAUCAAAUUGACAUUUCCUAAAGCAGUAAGCAUGAGUAAUGCCAUACAAACCGCUCUAACUACCUGCAUAAAAGUAAUCAGGAUUGCCAAUAUGUCAUACUCCACAUAUGUCAGUGUUAAUAGAUCAUUUUGUCAUGAACGUGAGCUGAUUGUAGUCUCCUUAUAAGACAGCUGCCCUAUUAGGCCUCAGACCCUUCAGGAAUCCUCUCUGUGAGGAACAUCUUUGCACUCUAAAUACAUUAGGUAACUUAAACAGACAACAGAGUUACAUCAACUCACGGUGCAGCAUAAUGGGUUGCAGGCGUAGAGGCUUGGGUUUUUCUGUUUGUUUUCGGGUUCAUCCCUUAGCCAACUACUUAUACUUUGGGAGAUGUGUGUGUUUUUACAGAACUUAAGCAUCCCCCAAUUCCCAAAUCGCUCGCUCGCUCACACACACACAUACACACACACACACACACACACACACACACCACGGGUUGUCACAGUGUAGUCUGAUUGAAGUUGCAGUCUGUUAGAUGUUUCUGAAAAAGCACAAGAGUGUCCUCCGCAGACAGACCGUUAGACAGGAGUGUCUGUUGAGUGCCUCACAUCUCAGGGGCUGUCAUCACCGAUGCUUGUUGUAAUCUUUCAAUCUUGUCACUGUUCCGUUCUCUGUUCUCUUUCUUUAUUUAUUAUUAUCUAAAGUGCUAUAUCAAACAAUGACAUUUUAAAGGAAAAAAACAACUUGUAGUUUCUUUGCAUUUUGGCUUAUUAUGUCUAGUUUUGGGGGGUAAUGUUUGUUUUCUCUCUUUCUGUGCCGUAAAGAGCUUGUUGUCUGUAGAUUAAUAUCAUUUUGUUUGAUUCUAAAGGAUUUCAAUAGUUUUAAGUAUUGUCUUGAGAGAAGCCAAAGUCAAUGCAUUUCAGUGGAUUCUGUAAGCGUAUUGUAUGUUUGUUUGACAACACUUCGAAAUCUGUCAUUGGAUGGGAUUGAAAAAGUACAAAAAAUGCAGGCUUUCCUAUUUCUACAAAUGAUUGUACUUAUGCAUUUUGUACCAGUGAAACUUUUUAUACUGGAGAUUAAAGGAAACAAAAAAACUAUUAGAAAAACAAACCUGUCUGGCCUCAUGAUGUGGCCUGACCUUUGUUGACUGGUUCCCGAGUAUGAUUUAUAGCUGGCAUCAAGAACGUUGUCUUUUAAUAUACGAUUUUCUAGAAGAACUUUGGCUUGGUUUCUUUAAUUAAUUCACUUCUUAUUUUUCCGUACUUCAGUGUUGUUCUUUUCGCAAAGAGGAGUUAGGCGAGUGUUGAUUUCUUUUUGGCUUAUAAAUAGUUAUAGCCGUUUGUCUAUACAAAAAAAAAACGGUAAGUUUCAUUUAACUUCUGUAUUGUGACGUCUACAUGAUAAGACAAUUAGGAAUAUAAAUAUUUAGUCACCUUCAGUGGAUUAAUGUAUUAGUUUAAUAAAAAGAUGCUUAAUUCGAGGUUUUUGCUUUUAAAUGUUUAGAUUUUUCUGGUUUCUCCCCUGUGAACUAACUGUGUAGUUGAAGCAGUCAGAAUUAUUUUUGUAAACGUAUGUUCUUGUGUGAUGCAGUUACUUGCUUCUGUCUCCGAUAUUAAACCAUUUUUCCUAAUA